GCGGCCACCAUACUACUACCAAAUGGAUGGACAAGAUUUACUCGAUGUUGAAAAAGUUUGUUGCUGAUUUCUGUUGUCUCAGCUCAUUGAAUGACUCGCAAUUCCUCUAUAAAGCAACAAACAAAAGAGUCGAUUAUACAAAAGAGAUCAUGACUUGAUUCACUGUGAGAGUACGAGUGUGUCACAUCUUCGGGACGGCGAGAUAUUCGUUGUCCUAAACGUGUUUGGUUUUACUUCCAUUCCACAUUCCCAUAUUGAGUCAACAUCAAUUUUUAACUUUUGCCUUCUGGUUGCUUCCUUUUUUGUUUUGGUGAAAAAAGGCCAAAAAUAAGGAGCCACAAAAAUGCCGCCAAAGAAAGGAAAGAAAGGCAAGGGAAAAGGGAAAGGCAAGGGAAAAGGAAAGGGGAAGAAAAAGGACAAGAAAUUCUCUGAUACUGCCAUGGCUGUCGCCAACACAAGAAUCUGGGAAGCGCGCCUGGACGCCACCGAGAAGUCCCGACUUGAGUUCCGUGAGAACGCCAAGCACUUGUCACUGGAGAAUGAAACACUGCAGCGUCAGAUGCUGCAGUCGGAAAAAGACACCAUUGAUGUCAUAACAUACUUAAAGAAGGAAGACCAAGCAAAGGAAGAUUUGAUUGCCAAGUUGCAGAAGCAACUGAAAGACACCAGAAGAGAGUCAAGAAAAGAAAAGCAGCAAAUUAUCGAAGACUUCACUACACGCCUGAAUCAGCUGGAGACAAAUCUAGCAGAGAAGACAGAUGAAGUCAAGAUGAUGCAGAGCGAAUUGAAACUGGUCAAGGAGUUCCGACGAAAACGAGGACAGAUGCAGAAAGAACUAGACGAGAUCAAAGAGGAGAUGUUUCUGACCAACAAGGAGCACGUGGAGCAGCUGCAGCGCAUGGAGCACAAGUUCUUUGAGGAGAAGAUCCGAUUGCAGCAAGAAGCCAGCCAGAAAAUUGCUGAGCUGGCUGAGAGGGCACACACAGAAGCAAUCAGUGAGUUGGACGAGACAACCCGAUCCGUAUACAAGGAGAACGUCCGCGUGACAGAAGCACUGAACUACCACAUGAAGGAAUCGGACGAGCUGAAAUUGGAGAGAGAUAGCCUGCUCAAGGACAACAAGACACUCAAAGGAGAUAAGGAGCUGAACGAGAUGAUGAUACAGGAGAAGGUUAUGCAGAACGCCAAGCUGAAGGAGCAAGUCAAGCAGGCUCAGGCUAAGAUCCAGAGCUUGGAGGUUUCCCUGAGCCACGUGGUGCGAGAGUUUGAACAGGAGCGGCAGAUAGUGGUCAGGAAGGCCCACGUCGAGACGGAGGCCGGCAAAGUAGAGAUUGCCAAGCUGAUGAGGACCAUUGAGCUGCAGAGCAAAGAGAUGAAGAAAGUCAAGAGAUUGGCCAAGACUAUCCUGGAUCAGCGAACCGAGAUGGAGCAGUUCUUCCUGGACUCUCUGGAGAUUGUUAAGAAUGAAAUUGUGGCCAACCGGGCCAAGUACCUGCAGGAUGCGGCCGCCAUGUAUCACAAGAAGAUGCUGGAUGCACACGCAAGUAAGGGAGAGUAUCCGAAAGUCCGAACCUUCAAGGCGUCUGAUGGGAGCACCAACAGUGUGUAUUCGGACCUCAAGGCUGCCGAGGCUUGGUCCGGUCUGGCUGGCAAGGUGGAUGUGAGUGAGUUGACGUGGGAGCAGCGAGAGCGUAUCUUGAGGUUACUAUUUGCCAAGAUGAAUGGUUCCAGAGUGCGCGCCAAGCCCCCGGCUGACCUAGGCCCGUCGGCUUUCCAUCGCCCCCCAGUCAGCAUCAGUAGCAAAGACGCAGUCAGCCUUGCCAUUGAAGCUGCUGCCCCAUCAGAACCCGGUACCUUCCUAACCCAGCAAGAUGACGACGUAGGGACCAGGCCCCACGAAGCCCGUGGCAAGCAGGGUAGUAGCACCCCCUUGCUGCCAGACCUAGCCCAGCUGUCACUGACGGGAGCGGCCAUCGACACCAGACAGGAGUCCACUGCUGCUGGGGCUUCCUAAAAACGCUCACGUAAACCACGAUGGAAAUAGUCAUAAAACACAUUCUAUUAUGGGUUUAUUAAGGGGAGGGGGGGGGGGGGUUAUGGCAUGG